GGUUCUCUUUCUGGUCUCAAACUCCUCUUUGGUUCACGGUGGAACACUUCUGGAUUCCUUCAGUGCUCGGUUUGGGAUGCGCAUCUGGACCGGAGAGUAUCCCGGGGACAAUUACGCGUCGAAGCGCUGCGCUGUACUUCCCCCUGUCCCCCUGCCCCCACUCGGGAAAUAAUCACAAUAAUCGUGGAGGAUAGUUGAUCUAUUUUUGACGGAAUGGCGGGAGCUAAGUGCCUUCUGAAAACACCGAGCAACUUCCAGUCGUCUGCCAUGUUUGAAGGCUCUGAUUCAGUGGAGGUGGAGGGCGGCAGCACGGAGAGCACCAUGGCCUCGUCCAUCAGCGCCUGUAAGAAGGUGCUGUGCAGUAACAGCGUGCUGGACUCGUCCGAGUACUGGCUGAGGAACGAGAAAGCUCUGUGCCGGCUGGGCCUGCUGGACGACGACGCCGACGGCGGCUGCAGCACGAUCUGUUUCGUGAACCUGGACCCAAAGAAAACAGACUAUCAUGAUGAAAAAAGCAUCAAGAAACUGGCAUCGGUGUCUGCUGACCUGCCAAAGCUUGUUGAAUUACUGACGGUCCACCAGCCCAAAGAAAACGAGAUCCUACUGCUUGGCGGCCUCGAUGCCUCGGACUCUUGCCAAACGCAUCCGCACCCCUCCUCUCAGGUUGGACAGCAGAGAAGUGCAGGAGUCUGCCUGGUUCAGUGUUCAGGACCGAGACGCUCCAACCAGCCCACCAGCGUCAUCAUCGAUAUCAACAAGUUUCUGAUUGGUCUGCAGUGGGGGAAAGAGCGGCAGCUUCAGCACAGCCGGGCGCCGCUGCAGCGGGUUGACGACGAUACAAAUCGCUCCAUCUCUUCCAUCGAAGAAGACUUCCAGACGGCGUCAGAGCACUUCGGCGAUGACAGUGAAGACGAUGGCUUCAGAAAUGAACCAGAUGGUGGUGACCCUACAGAGAGCUUGGUAGAAGCAGCUCAGAAACACUGCGUCAGACUUCAGUGUCAGAGGGGACCGCCGGCCCAUCAGCAGAACCGGGACGGUGCAGAGGUCAAAAGAGAGGCACAUCAGCAAGCAAGCUUUCAUACGAAGGAAUCAGCUGGUCACUACGCCACCAAUCUGGCUGAGUCGGUUUUACAAGACGCCUUCAUACGCCUCUCUCAAGAUGAAACCUCCUUUGUGUCUGAAGCUGCUGUCAGUGUGUCGCUCUCCAAUCGCGCCUCCACCACAGACCCAUCUAGGAACAAACAGUCCUCUCAACAGCGAACCUGUUCUUUUGAGCUCCCCAAGAUCGUAAUCGUUCAAAGCCCAGAUAGUUCGGAGAGCGCUGUUGAAUGGCAAGAAAGCCAUGGGUCUCAUGUGCCUGAUCAGGGUGUGACUGCCAAAGCCAGCGAGGUUCCUGAGAAUGGGACACAAGCCUACCACAAUGGAGAGCACCCGUCCAAACAUGUGGAGGUGGCAUUAGCUUGUGCGGCCAGUGUCAUCGGCACCAUAACCACCCCACAGCUGACUGAACAGCUCGCCUUGGAAUCAGCGUCAGAGGAAGACAUCGAGGAGGAGGUGCAGGGACCAGAAGACCCAGCUGACUAUUCCUUCUCCUCUGCAGUGUGCGGCAUGGCUCAAGUAGCUGGCGCUGUAGCCGCUGUGGAGCUGACAGAAGAGGUGGGGGAAGUCUGUGAUUCUGACGCUGAUUCCGUUGAGGUCUACACAGCAUCCCGCGGUCUGAUGACUGCUGCAGAGGCCUCAACGGCCAUCCCGCUGCACUGUAGGGUGGCAGAGGGAACUAGUGUUGAAGCGUUUCGUGCCAACAUUGCGGAAGUCCUACACAGAGAGGCAGCUGAGGUACUUACUCAGCCACAAGGUUAUAGGAGUGUAGCCCAGCUUCUGGAGGCCACACAUAACAAGAUUGUAGAUGGCAUUACGUGUCCGAAAAAGACCUGCAUGGAUGAAAGGGAGGUAGAUGACCUGAUAAACGAGGUGGCGGACAGUCUGUUUAAGCAUGCUUUGGAGAAGGCUAAAAAGAAAAAAGAACUUGAAGGGACUGGUAAAGAUGCACCAAACCUUCAGGUUUUUCUGCAGGACAGCGUAAACAAUUUGCUUUUUGAUAUCCUUUGUCUGACUCAGAGGAAAAUCAGUCACAUCUCAACAUGUGACCAAGAGUCAUUUGACACACAAGAAGAUCAUACUUGUGCAAGAGAGCCUGCUACCAGCAAAGACCGCAAGGAUCCUCCGAUUCAACUACAGUGCCUAGUAGGACAAAGCCAGCCCCCAAAUUCAGAGAAGCACAGCAGUGAGGAAGCUGAUCCUAUUGCAUCUUCCCUCUCAUCAAACAGCAAAGAGCAACAGAUCCAGUCGGCAUGCAGACAAAGUAUGUAUAAAUCCACUUCACUGCCGAGCAAGGACAUCCCCGACCACCCACAGAUUCAGCAGAUCAGGGAUGCUUGGAGUGAGCUUCCGUCUUAUAGCCUAGAAAGGAGGGAAAGACUCGGGACAAGCAGUGACAGUAGGCAGUCCUCGCUCACACCCCAGUCCUCUCUCAACUCUUGUAGCUCCCUGCUUUACUUGAGAAUGGACUCAGAGUCCAGGACACCCAUCACUUGCUAUGCUGAUGAUUUGGCUUCUACAGUGGUGUCUAUGGCUACAGAACUAGCUGCCAUCUGCCUGGAGAACUCUACUGGUAAACAACCCUGGUUCUGUGCACUAAAAGGAACGUCAGCUGAGGCACAUGAAACCUACUUGAUACCCUCUUGUCGUUCGGUGCUGAGAAGAAAAGACGGUCAAAGUGGCAAUGCUUCCUCAAAGAAACAUCGGGCGCCACGUCUCAGUGAGAUCAAGAGGAAAACUGAGGAGCAGCCAGAGCUGAUGGAGAGGCUGGUGAACAGGGUGGUGGACGAAACGGUCAACCCCGAGGAGCUACAGGAUCCUUUUGCACUUUUUGCCUCCGAAGUCACUGCCAGGAUCAUGAACUGCCCCGAGCUUAACGUGGUGGAUACCUCCAAAACGGGCCAGACACGCAGCAGGUUGCAGUGUGAGCGGUGGAGCAGAGGGAAGGCAUCGAGUUAUGAGAGCAUACCAGAAGAAGAUGCAGAUCCCUCAGGCACAGCAAACACCCUGGGUCUUGGCAGCCGGUUAGGUCAGAACUUAAGUCGAGGAAGCUCGAUCUCCAAGCAGUCGAGCUGCGAGAGCAUCACCGACGAGUUCUCACGUUUCAUGGUCAACCAGAUGGAAACCGAAGGUAGGGGCUUUGAUCUGCUUCUGGACUACUACGCAGGAAAAAAUGCAAGCAGCAUUCUGGCUGCAGCAGUGCAACAGGCUGCCUCAAAGAAAAAUGGUCAUCUGAACGUCCGCACAUCAUCCUGCCUUUCCAAGCAGUCGAGCACAGAGAGCAUCACUGAGGAGUUCUACAGGUUCAUGCUGAAGAACAUGGACAAGGAAAACAAGGAGUAUGGGAUUGCAAAGACUAAAGAGUGGAGCAACAGCCUGUUCCCCCCGUCCCCUCGAACACCUUUUUGUAUAAGACAGUCCUCAGUCCCAGACCGAAGAUCCUCAGACUCAAGGCUGACCGUCAACUCGCCUAUUAAGGCCAAUUCUUUUGAUGGUUUUGCCCGCAAUGUGCACGGAGACACAUUGAAUAUUUUCCCUCACAGCUCUGUGUCAACCACAGGACUCUGUAAGUCAGACUCCUGCCUCUAUCAAAGGGGCAAGUCUGACCAGAUCACUGACAUGCUGAUUCAUGAGACGUGGUCGACCUCUAUUGAGUCCUUGAUGAGAAAGAACAAGAUCAUUGCUGAUCCAGAGGACAGUAUUGAGUUGGAGGCUGCAGGCGACUCCCAGCCCCACGUGCAACAGUUUGCCAAUCGCCUUGCAGCGGACAUAGUAGACAUUGGCAGGUCUGCACUCGGGGGCCAACAAGAUGCAGCUGGGGGCUCGUUUGGGUCGUUCCCACAGCCACACAUGCCUGUUGGUGAAAGGAGACGGGGGUUCAAACAGUCCCAUCUGGGCUGUGGGCGGAGUAGGUCCAGCCAGGAGAAAAGUGGCAGUGGAGUAGGGUCUUUUGGCAGUGACAGUGGUGCCCCGUGCCUGCGGGGCCACAGAGACGUCCCGCUCAUCCACAUUGAGGGAGAUCAGCGGGAGGAGGACGCUCUUUUAAACAGGGCAGGAGCACGACCGCAAGAAACAAGCCAAGACACUUCAGCUACCAGGCGUGCGGAGAGAGCAACAACCACCAGCAGGAAUGGAACCAGCAGCGCGUCCAGCCUGGGCUUGGCAGACCUCGAUGCUUUUUGUGACGUGCCCACUCAGAACACAGCCAUCAGUGGGGAAACAGAGAAAGACCAUCAUGCAGGGACCAAGGAGAACGCCUUUGAGACCAGCCCAGCACGGACAGCUAGCACCAGCGGGAACCUCAGGGGACUGCUGGUGGUGAACUGUGAUCUGGAGUCUGAGUGUGUGGACUCGGAGCUCAGAGUGGCUCUUCAGUGGAUUGCUGCCUCCGAGCUGGGCCUUCCUGCGCUCUACUUCAGAAAGUCCAGAGAAAAGAGGGCUGCAAAGUUUCAGAGGGUGGUCCAUCUGAUGUCCCAGAGGGCGUGGCGGAUCGCGGACUUGUUCGGCGCCGUGGUUCAGUUCUGCAAACUUUACAAGAAAGAGGAAGAGGACGGCCAGUCUCUGUCCAGCCUGUUUGAUUGGCUCUUGGAGACCCUGUAGGAAGAACCAGUGUCUGCAGACAUGAACGCACAUGCUCACUUAUUCACUCAACAGUUCUCACCGUCUGCCCCGUCCUGUCCCAUCACGCUAUGUGUCUCCAACAGCACGCUGAGAGCCGGACACGAUCAGCACACGCCAGACAUCCUCACACACCCAUGGAAGUUAUGGAUUUUAUAUAUUUGACUUUUUUCUGUUUGUAAAGUUGAUG